CAAUUUAGAAUUCAGUUGGCGACCACUGAGCGUCGAGGUUGGAACUUUUUCGCGACAAUUUGUGGCCUGAACAGGCUGCGAAAUUGUUGUUCCUUGAUCUAUAUAAAAUCGGUACUCCAAACAGCAGUCAGUUGUCAGUGGCAAGUGAAGGAAGUGCUUUCGAAAUGAAGCCUAAGAAAGGCGCGUUUGCCAACUCCUCAUCGGGUUAUGGCAAAUCGCGGAAUAGCUAUCGCAAUAAUGCUGGCAAGCAGGAGGAAGCCGACGCCAAGCUAGAGGUGAAACUCAAGGCAGACAAGGCCCAGGAGUUGCACUCGGAGAAAGAUCUAAACUCUGGUUUUGGCGAUUACUUGCGUUCGCCGGAAGCCGUGGAAAUUAUGAAGCUCUUUGUUUUCGCCAACACCAUCAUGCUGAUUGUUACAAUGGCCUGGCCGAAUUUAAAAGAACAAUACUACAUGUUGAGAGAAUGGUUGGAGUCUUUCCAAGUGGCGCAGUAAUUUGUGUAAGAGAGGAAAAAAAACUUUCAAAAUAUUUAAAAUGCGAAAUUAAACUAAAACAAAAUAAUUAAAAGGAUAUAUUUAAUAACCAUAAAUGUUAAAAGAAAACGAAGGUGAAGCAAGCAAAUAUUAUAACUGUUUAACAACAUAUACAUAUAUUAUAUUACAAACUAUAUAUAACACAUAAAA